UCAAAUUCAAUAUUCACACCAUAUAUAGUUCUUCAUAUCAAUUCCUGUUUUUUUUUUUUACCAUCUUGUAAUAAUAAUCACAAACAUGGGUUGUUACACUAGCAAGCCAGAGGUGGACAAGUUUGCUCCCCAUCGUGGAUAUGCCGCCAUCACUGCCGAUGAUGAUACUACUUAUCGGUACGUUACUGUUUCAGCAUAUUCCAAUCAGAUUCAGAUCACUACAACACCUCCAAAACUGGACUCACUUGCUUCACCAGUGACAGCACCACCAAAUCCAAAACCCUCUCCCACAGCCCAAAAUGUGAAAACUGUCCAGAAAACUCAAAAAACCAUAUUAGAAAAACCCUACGAAGAUAUAAAGAAGUUGUACACUUUUGGUAAAGAAUUGAGUAGAGGGAAAUUUGGGAUUACUUAUUUCUGCACUGAGAAUUCCACUGGCCAAAAUUAUGCAUGUAGGUCUAUAUUAAAGAGGAAGCUUGUGUCGAAAGCGGAUAAAGAAGAUAUUAAAAGAGAGAUUCAGAUUCUGCAGCAUUUUUCUGGUCAACCAAAUAUUGUGAAAUUCAAAGGUGCUUAUGAGGAUAGCUUAUCUAUUCACCUUGUGCUAGAACAUUGUGCUUACGGGGAACUAUUUGAUACAAUCAAUGCUCAUCCUCACGGUUAUUCAGAGAGAGUUGUUGCAUCCUUAUGCAGGUGUAUUGUUAAUGUUGUGCACACUUGUCAUUGCAUGGGUGUUAUGCACCGCGACUUAAAUCCGGAGAAUUUCUUGUUCUCUACUAAGGAUAAAGCUCUAACACUCAAGGCUGUUGAUUUUAGAUUCUCUGUCUUCAUUGAAGAAGGAAAGAUUUAUAAUGAUAUGGUAGGCAGUGGUUGCUACGUUGCUCCUGAGGUACUGCUUCGCAGUUAUGGAAAAGAAAUAGACAUUUGGAGUGCAGGCAUCAUAUUGUAUAUUCUACUUAGUGGUGGACCGCCUUUUUCACCUGGAACUGAUAAGGGACUAUUGAAUGCCGUAUUGGAGGGUGAACUUGACUUAUUGAGUGAGCCAUGGCCAUCAAUAUCAGACAGUGCUAAAGAUCUAGUCAAGAAGAUGCUAACACCAGAUCCAAAAAAGAGAAUUACUUCUAAACAAGUCCUUGAACACACGUGGAUGAGAGACGGUGGGGAGGCCUCUGAUAAACCGAUUGAUAUUUCAGUUCUAUCUAGAAUGAAACAGUUCAGGGCAAUAAAUACGUUCACGAAACUUGGGUUGAAGGUUAUGGCUGAAAAUCUAGCGGAAGAGGUUAAAGGUCUCAAGGAAACGUUUGAAAAUAUGGAUACUGAUAGUAGUGGCACCAUCACCUAUGAAGAAUUGAAGACAGGAUUGGCUCAAAUUGGACUUAUGAAAGCCGUAAGUAGUUAUAAAUCCAUAACAAAAGCAUGACUAGUUGAAUGCAUGACUCUUAUCAUAAACUUAACAAAUUGUGUUAUCAUGUAUAAUGUUUCUCAGGCUGACGUUGAUGGAAAAGGGUCGAUUGACUAUCUUGAAUUCAUAUCGGCUACAAUGCAUAGGUACAGGCUUGAGCGAGAUGAAAAUAUUCACAAGGCAUUUCAGUAUUUUGAUAAAGACAGUAGUGGGCAUAUUACUAGAGAGGAAUUGGAGACUGCCUUGACAAAGCAUGGAAUAAGUGACGAAGCAAAAAUAAAGGAAAUAGUUACUGAGGUGUAUACAGAUAAUGAUGGGAAAAUAAACUAUGAUGAAUUCUGUGCAAUGAUGAGAAGUGGAAUGCCACAUCAGGGACCGCUAUUUUAAUUCUACUAAAAAUAUAUUGAUUGAAGUAUCGGUAUGCAUUUCUUUGUACCUGAAUUUUGAUGUUAAAAAGCUGACUUAUGAUAUCAGAGUUUUUUUUACUUUCAUUUAUGGUA